UCCCAGCGGCGCGCAAACACACGGUCCGCGCCCUCCACAGCAGCCGCCGACACGUACGAGACGCCGGCGCCGCCGUCCCGCGACGACCUCUCACCGCGACGCUGUCCCACAACAGGUGGGCCAUGUCCGCGCGCAGCGCCCCCUCGCUGCCGCUGCUCGUGCUGGUGGUGGGGACCGCGCUGUGGCAGGCGGUACCCUGCCACGCCUCCUCUGCGUCUCCAGACAGCCCGCGGCCGUCGCGGACACUGUCCCGCCAGAAGAGGCUCCUCUGGGUCACCAACGACGGCCGCCUAGCCCUGCCGCCGGGCACCUCGCUCGUCAUCACGCCGUCGCUGUCGCUUCCCUUCGUGCGGUACCCCCCAGACGGGUUCCUCUCCAACAUGUCCAUCAGCUUGCCCUUCACCAUCGACUUCGACAAGCUGGGGCUGACGGACAACCAGAACCCGUACGGCGUGCUGCCGCCGCUGCUGGCGCGCUCCAUGGGCCGCAUGACGGGCCAGCUGCUGGCUGACUACCUCUCCCAGCUGCUCUCCAGGAGGCGCUCCGGGCGCUCCCUGCCGCCGCCCAAGGCACCGCCCAACGCCAACUUCCACGGAGGCGAGAGAGCUCUUCUUUAUGCUGCUGUGGAGGAUUUCCUUUCGAGUUUCGGGAUGGAUGGUCACGCUUGCCUUCUUAGAGCAAUCUGUGAGGUCCACGGGCACUCUGUGGAACGCUUUGGCCUACUAGGAGAAAUGCUGAAGCUUUUCUUCACAGCAAGCAGAUCGCCUUUUUCAAGCGUGUUAACAGAGUAUGUGGAUGCUGAAAGAGCCGGAGAAGAAGAUGGUGAAUGCUGGCGAUACUACAAGGAUUGUCCGAAGAGCCUCUUCCAAGCACCACCAAAUAAAUAUUCGAAGGACUUAGCAGACAAAACAGAAGACGAAGAAAACGAAAUACAAACCAGAGACACUCAUAAAGUAACGCUGGAUAAUCCAGGCAGCAAGUUCAUGUGAUUGUUGAGGAUCAACAGAUAUUUUGUUGUCGAAUUGUUUAACUAAUAGAUUUUCAUGAAAAUGUGUUUCUUAAACAUUUGACAGCAGUUAAGUGACAUAUUUAAGCUCUCUCAGUUCAGAAGCUUUAAGUCUAGUCUGCAUUGAUGGUAGACACCAUUCAUUCAUUACUCAUUGAAGUACUAUUUAUUAUUUAUUUCAUUUAACAACAUUAUGAAGUUCAUCAUCGUCAUUGUUAAUGUAUAUUGCUCAAGAAUUUAUCUGUUAAAGAAACUUUAAUAAUUAUGUUUGUUGUCAAUUGCUUUUAGCAGUCCUAUAUGAAACAAAGUCAGAUUAAGAAGUUCAGUGUUCUUAUUGCCUUCUUUGCCUUGUAGCAGUGGAGUGCAAAUCGCUAAUGAAAAACACUGCUGCAUCAGCCUGUAAUGUAAAUAUAGUCUUAGAGUAUUUACAUGUUGUCUGUUUGUCACAUGCCUUUGUUCUGUGUAUGUAUGUGCAGAUGUGUGUAUGCAUCUAUGUGCGUGUGUGUGCGUGUGCGUGUGCAUGUGUGUGUGUGUGUGUGUGUGUGUGUGUGUGUGUGUGUGUGUGUGUGUGUGUGUGUGUGUACAAAAUACAGAUGUAUUUUGAAACUUUUCUUGUUUGAGAAUGGUAGCCAUAUUCCUGUUUUCCUUUACAAUGCAAACAAUAAAUGGCAGCAGUUGUUUUACUGGUCAUAGUACAGUUGUCAUACUGACACAACCAUGAUUCAUAAAUUUGUG